GUUCGGUGUUUCCACCCGGUUGGUGGUAGAGCAAGCACCGGUCUCAUCAUGUCGAGGCACCUUCGUUUCAUUUCGCGGACAGUGAUGGUUCGUGACGACAACGUUUCUGCGGCCUACAAGACUUUAAACAGGAUCCUGACUCAGGAGGGGAUUGUCGAAACAGUGAAGAACAAGCGCUACUUUGAGAAGCCCUGCCGAGAGCGACAGCGGAAGAACUUUGAGAACUGCAGACGUAUCUACUGCACAGAAAUGGCCCGAAAAAUUGCCUUCAUCUCCAGGACAAACAGAGAGGAUCCCUGGCUCGGCUGCUAGUGGAAUGGAGUGUGAUGAAAUGGGACGUUAUCCGUGGACUGGUUGAGACGGGGCCAGCAAAGUGGAAGAAGCAAUCAAGAUCAGCGCAAUGUCACUGUCACAUCUAAAUGGGCGUAGGAAAUACAGAGGAAAAAAAAAGGCUUUCAUGUUGUCACAUUGUUUAACAGUAAAUAGAAGAAAACCUUUGUAGACGUGCAUUCAUUGUCAAGUCAACUAUGGACAUCUUUUUCUUUUUCUCCACAAAAUUUGGCAUGAAAAGUGCGGUGUUUGUACUUGGAGGGAAAAAUCUUUUGUACUCAUUCUUGGUUGUAAUGAGCAGGUUAUUGAAUACUUUGUUGAUGACGUUAUGUGUUUUGGAUCUUUCCACACAAUCUUACUAUUGGAAAAGAUAAUAAAUGUGAGAGAUUUGCUGAAAACCUUGA